AUGGUUGCUUGUGCUUCGAUGCGUUUCGUGUAUGUGUGUAUGUGCUGCCUGUGGCUUUGGCUUUGCCUUACGUCGAGUGAAGCAGAUGAAUCGAUGGACACACGCGAAGGCGUCGAUCUGGUGCUCAAGUGCCGUUUCACCGAGCAUUAUGAUUCAACUGACUUCACCUUCUACUGGGCCAGAUGGACCUGCUGCCCCACAUUGUUUGAGAACGUGGCCAUUGGCGAUGUGCAGCUCAACUCGAAUUAUCGACUCGAUUUUAGGCCAGGCCGUGGCGUUUACGAUCUGCAAAUUAAGAACACCUCCUAUAAUCGGGACAACGGACGGUUCGAGUGUCGCAUCAAGGCCAAAGGCACCGGCGCCGAUGUGCAUCAGGAAUUUUACAAUGUGACCGUACUAACGGCACCACAUCCGCCGAUGGUAACACCCGGCAACAUUGCGGUCGCCACAGAGGAAAAACCACUUGAGCUCACCUGCAGCAGCAUUGGCGGUUCCCCGGAUCCUAUGAUAACCUGGUUUCGAGAGGGCAGCAAUGUUCCAUUGCAGUCAUAUGCGCUGAAGGGCGGCUCCAAGAACCACUACACGAAUGCCACACUGCAGAUACUGCCCAGAAGAGCCGAUGAUGGUGCCAAGUACAAAUGCGUCGUUUGGAAUCGAGCCAUGCCCGAGGGACAUUCGCUGGAGACCAGCGUCGCUCUGAACGUCAACUAUUAUCCACGAGUGGAUGUGGGACCACAAAACCCACUCCGUAUCGAACGCGAUCACAUUGCCAAGCUGGAUUGCCGGGUGGACGCGAAGCCGAUGGUAUCGAAUGUCCGUUGGUCACGCAAUGGGCAAUAUGUGAGUGCCACGCCCAGUCAUACGAUCUAUCGGGUGAGUCGCCAUCAUGCCGGCAAGUACACCUGCAGUGCGGACAAUGGCCUGGGCAAGACCGGAGAGAAGGAUAUUCUCCUGGACGUGCUCUAUCCACCGAUUGUCACCAUCGAGUCAAAGACCCACGAGGCGGAGGAGGGGGAAACCGUUUUGGUGCGUUGCAAUGUCACAGCGAAUCCAUCUCCGAUUGCCAUCGAGUGGUUGAAGGAAGGUGCUCCCGAUUUUCGCUAUACGGGUGAACUGUUGACCCUUGUGUCCGUGCGGGCGGAACAUGCGGGAAAUUACAUUUGUCGCUCCGUGAAUCUCAUGCAACCGUUCAACUCGAAGCGCAUUGAAGGUGUGGGCAACUCUACGGUUGCACUCCUCGUGCGACAUCGUCCUGGCCAGGCUUACAUCACGCCCAACAAGCCUGUGGUGCAUGUGGGCAAUGGGGUGACCCUCAGCUGCUCGGCGAAUCCUCCAGGCUGGCCCGUGCCCCAGUAUCGCUGGUUCCGCGACAUGGACGGGGAGGUGAGCAACACACAGAAGAUUCUCGCGCAGGGACCACAGUACUCCAUACCAAAGGCACAUCUUGGCAGUGAGGGAAGAUAUCACUGUCAUGCGGUGAACGAGCUGGGCAUUGGGAAGAUGGCCACCAUUGUGCUGGAGGUGCAUCAACCGCCUCAAUUUCUGGCCAAGCUGCAACAGCACAUGACCCGUCGGGUUGGGGAUGUGGAUUAUGCGGUAACCUGCAGUGCCAAAGCGAAGCCGACGCCACAGAUACGCUGGAUCAAGGAUGGCACGGAAAUUCUGACCACGCGCAAGCUCUACGAGAUUAGGACCACGCCCACGGAUGCAGGCGGAGGCCUUGUUACCGUCCAGAGCAUACUGAGAUUCCGUGGCAAGGCGCGUCCCAAUGGCAAUCAACUGUUGCCAGGGGAUCGAGGACUCUUCACCUGUCUCUACGAGAACGAUGUGAACUCGGCGAAUUCCUCGAUGCAUCUGCGAAUCGAACAUGAACCAAUUGUGCUCCAUCAGUAUAACAAGGUGGCCUACGAUGUGAGGGAAUCCGCUGAGGUUGUCUGCAAGGUGCAAGCUUACCCCAAGCCGGAGUUCCAAUGGCAAUUCGGCAAUAAUCCCUCGCCUCUGACCAUGUCCUCCGAUGGUCACUACGAGAUUAGCACUAGGAUGGACAACAAUGAUAUUUAUACUUCCAUUUUGAGGAUUGGCCAUCUGCAGCACUCGGAUUACGGAGAGUACACCUGUCGUGCUGUGAAUCCCCUGGACACAAUACGCACUCAGAUCCGAUUACAACCCAAGGGGGCGCCGGAGAAACCCACCUCAUUGAAGGUCAUCGAGGUGGCCCACAACUAUGCUGUGUUGAGUUGGCAGCCGGGAUUCAAUGGUGGAUUGAUGAGCACCAAGUAUUUGGUUAGUUAUCGUCGCGUUCCCACGCAAGAACAGUUGCUCUCCGAUUGUUCCGGCCACACCUACACGCCCAGUUAUCAGGUGAGCAGCUCCGCCUCCCAGGUGGGCGCCCAUGAAUGGAUCGAGUUCAAUUGCUUCAGGGAGAAUCCCUGCAAGUUGGCACCUCUGGAUCAACAUCAGAGUUACAUGUUCAAGAUUUAUGCGCUGAACGCAAAGGGAACCUCUGGAUACUCCAAUGAGAUACUGGUCACCACAAAGGUCAGCAAGAUUCCACCUCCACUCCAUGUCAGCUACGAUCCCAACUCACAUGUGCUGGGCAUCAAUGUGGCCGCCACUUGCCUCUCCUUGAUCGCCGUCGUCGAAUCCUUGGUCACUCGAGAUGCCACUGUACCCAUGUGGGAAAUUGUCGAGACUCUCACGUUGUUCCCCUCGGGCAGUGAGGCCACCUUCAAGGAGGCGGUCAUCAAUCAAAUUACACGCACCGCUCACUACACCACCGCAACCACAUCUGGACGCAGCUUGAAUCCAUCGAACGGACAAUUGAGCGAGGAUCGCACCAUGGCAUUGGCAGAGACUGCGGGUCCAGGUCCUGUGGUGAGGGUCAAGCUCUGUCUCCUGGCCAACCAUGAGCAUUGUGGAGCUUACGCAAAUGCGGAAAUUGGAAAAUCGUACAUGCCACACAGCUCUGGCCUUGCCACAUCCGCCAUGGUGGCCAUCAUCAUUGCCACACUUUCCUUUGUGCUGCUUCUCGUGCUGCUUUACGCAUUCUGUCGCUGCCGGCGAACGCACGCGGCAAGGAAGCAAGCAGCCGCGGCUGCCACAACCACAACGAAUGCCGGCAGCGGGGCCAACAAGGAGUACGAUGUGGAUGCUACAACGGCAACAGCAACAGCAACAACAACAACAACAACAACAACAGCAACAACAUCAGCGAAUUGCGAGCAACAACGAGAGAAACCGUCAACAUUGGUGCCACCUCCUCCGCCAUAUUAUCCAACAGGGAGUCUGGACAGCAAGCAGCUGGAUUGUGGCAUGGAACUAACACUAACGGCGUUGCACGAUCCCGACGAGCAGCUGAACAUGCAACAGGGUGAGAUGCACUCGCAGCAAUAUCCAAAGCAGCCACAAUCCCCGCAAGGACUCUACGGAGGACACUCGAAUGGAUAUGGAUAUCAUGUGACAAGUGCUAUUGGUGUCGAUGGCGACAGCUAUCAAGUGCUGCCCUCCAACGCUGGACGUCAUGGCGAGUCAGGACCACUUGAGGCGACUUUAGUGCCAGCGAGCAUCAGCAACCACCUCCAACAAGCAGCACGCGCCGCCCAACUAACGAAGCAGCCCACCACCACUACCACCACUAACAACACCACCACCACCAUCACCACCAUCCCCAGCAACAACAACAGCAACAGCAAUAACAUGAGCAACAACUCCACCUUGAAGCGAGGUGGCAACCUUGGCCAGGUGCAACGGGAGAUGAGGGGGCAGCAUCUGGUGACCGCAGCCACGGCUGGUACCACAACGGCUCUGGCAACGACAAUUACAACAACUUCACGUAAUGCCAAAGCCGCAACAACAACAACAACACUCGCCAUUACAGGGUCGAACAACAGCCAAGAGAACAACUACAGCAAUGCACGCGAUCUGUCACAGGAAGCACUCUGGAGACUUCAACUUGCCGCUGCUCAAACUCAACAAAUCUAUGUGGAGCAGCGUCCACCAUCUGCAUUCAGUGGUUUGGUGGAUUACGCCGGUUAUCCAAUGGCAGUGCCACCACCGACGCACAUAACCACAGUGACCAGUUCGCUGAGUCAACAGAGCUUUGGACAACAACAACCGUUGACGCCGCAUGAAAUGUUGCAAGCGGCACAACGCUAUGGCACAUUGAGAAAGUCGAAGCAGCCACCGCUGCCACCACAGCGCAAGGAUCAACAACAGCAGCACCAGCAG